UGGAAAGCCUUUUCCUGUAAAGCGCGCGAGAGAGACAGGAGAGAACCAGAACCAGUACGACAACCAGUCCAAGAACAAGAGAGAGGAACAAGGCGAGAGGGAAAAGGCGAGAGGGAAAAGGCGAGAAGGAAAAGGCGAGAAGGUGAAGGCGAGAAGGUAAAGGCGUGAGGAAGAAGGCGAAGGAUUGCAGGAGGGUGAGGAAGGGAGAGAGAUUCCAGGAGAGGGAUUGAGAGAACGAAAGUUGUGUCUUCAGCUCGUGCGACUUUCGCUGAGCGGUUCGUUUUUCUGUGGUGGUGCCCCCCUCUUUGCUCCUCUCAUGCGCUAGAGAAGCGGAGUUCCGUUUUCUUUUUUCUUCAUGUUCGCCUUUCUCCUCGGUUUCCACUUCCUUCAUCGUGAGAAAAAAACGCAUCCAAAAAAGCGCGGAAAGGAAGGAAAAAAAUGCCUUGAAAAGGUUUCAUCUUCCUCGAGGGGGGUUCCUGCCUCGCGGCCGGCGCCGGUGUGUCUUCCCUACUCGCCAUCCAGUGGACGCGCGGUGGAAGACUGGAGAGAAUUCUUUUUUCUCGAAAGAAACAAGUCUUAUCCGACACCGAAGACGCAUCUGUUUCCUGUGUCCAGGGAAAGAUAUUCUUGGACGAAGCACCAAGUCGACGAGUUCUUCUUUUCUCGCGUCUUCCCUCUCCCUGGAGGAGCAACGAGGAGACACACACCCAGUCCGCUCUCUCCUUCUCCGCUCUCUCCUUCUUCCUUUUCCUCCCUUGUUUCUCUUCUUCUUCCUGCCUUUCCGCCGAUCCUUUUCAGCCGUCGUUUUUCUCUCCGCUCUCGUCUCCCAUCUCCCUCGGCCUCCGCCCUCCCCGCUUCCCUCAUGUCUUCUCUGUCUUCUCUGUCUUCUCUGUCUUCUCUGUCUUUUCUCUCUUCUCUCUCCGUCGUUCUUUCUCUCCACGCAUUGAACGGAACUCUGCGUCUCCUCUCGUCUCCUUGCUCUGGGUUGCCAGGUGCGCCUGCGUGAGUCCGGAAGAGCCGCGCGGAGAAGACGUCGUCUGUUCAGGCUCGCUACCGUCUUCAGUCUCUCCCUCUGACGCUCCCAAACGUAUCCCCGUCUCGCCUUCCUGUGCACUCCUCAGGCCAACUCCGCAAGAUGCCACUGUGUCCCGCCGCCUCGCGAGGCUCCUCAGAGGCCUGCGGGACUGCUCCCAAACGCUCUCUUCUUUCUUCUAGUUCCUCGCUGACGCGUUCCUCUCCUGCGUCUCCGGGACCUGGGAGAGAGAACGAAGACGGAGAUGGAGAUGUGCUCUGGAUCGACGGCGACGAAGUCGUCGGCGGAGGAGGAGACAUCGAAGAAAUGGAUUGGAGCGAAGGCAACAGAAAGGAGAAGAGACAAUUCAGAACAAGCGUUACCUCCGAUCCUUUCAUCGACCUCUCUUCUCCCUCUCCAAAAACGUCCAACACCUCACGAAGAAACAGACACCACCCCGAAAUGGCCUCGUCCUCGUCUUCUUCCUCUUCUUCUAACUCUUCUUCCUCUUCUAACUCUUCUUCUUCCUCGUCUUCUUUCUCGUCUUCUUCCUCGUCCUCUAACUCUUCCUCUUCUUCUUCCUCUCCUUUCUCUGCUUCUUCUUCUGCUCCAUCGUCACCCGCGAAGAAGAUGCGAGAGGAAGGUCCGUUUUCAGGCGGCCAUACUGGUGGAGGGAAAGCGCGGCCGAAAAGUUAUGCUGGUCGUCUCGGAGUCGUCCCUGGGCCGUCGUGGCUGGAGCGCGAGUUGCGAGUCUCCGUGUGGAGCGGAGUGGGGACAAAACGCGGAUACUUGUACAACAUGGUGCAGAUGCAAGCUGAGGUAGCGACAAGCGAGGACAAGAAGGAGACUGUGUCAGGUCUCCAUCUCUACUUUGUCUCCGAGACUGGGGCGUCGUGGAGAACGUCUCUCCUUUAUCGGCCGUACUUCUACAUUUCGCUUCGUCGCACGAGAGCUUCCUACUUCGAGCAAUUGAAGGAGGCUCUCAUGGAUCUUCUCGGCGACGCGGAUGUUCGCUUUGAAAAGACUUUCCGGGAAGAUCUCUCCGACCCUCUGCACCUCCGUACGCUCCUCCCCGGCGGCCCAGCGCCUGAUGAGGGGACGAAUUCUUCUCUGCGCGAAUUUGUGCAAAUUUCGUUCGCGAAUGUGAAGCAGCUCGUGGAUGCGAGAGACGAACUGAGAAAAAUCGUUCGCCGGAAUCAAGAAAGGCGCGCCCGACAACGCGAGGAAGAGCGCCUCGCGAGUUUCGCAGAAAAGACGAAAGCUAAGGACGGCGCAUUUGCUUCUUACAGUCACGCUCGCUUCGCCGCCCCCGACGACAUCAAUUUCGCCGAUAUUGCCUUCAGCAACUCCUGCCAAGCAGACGAAGGUCGCGACGGCCGAGACAUGCCGAGAGGAGGCAGACAAGAAGACAGCAAAAGUCGCAGAAAAAAACAACAAGGCGAAGACGUUACCGCACUCAUUGAAGACAUCUUCGAAGCCGAUGUGCUCUACAUCACGCGAUGUUGCAUCGACCUGAAGCUGCGCUGCGGCCUGUGGCACGACGUCCAGCGUUCGAGUUCCGCGUUGGCAUCUCCCGUCGCGCUGACGCCGCUGCCGAACUGCGCGACGGCUCCGCCGCUGCGGGUGCUGGCAUGGGAUAUCGAGUGUAGCAAGCAGCCGCUGAAGUUCCCGGACAGCAACACCGACAACGUCAUACUGAUUUCCUACAUGUUCAACGGGCAAGGGUACUUGAUUGUGAAUCGCCAGUGGCUUUCGGAGGACAUCCACCCUUUCGAGUUCCGCGCGAAGAAAGGAAUGGAGGGCGCAGGGCCUUUCAUCAUCUUCAACGAAAAAGGCGAGAAAGAGCUGCUCUCGCGCUUCGUUCAACAUGUCCUCAAGCUCCGUCCCCACAUCCUCGCAACUUACAACGGAGACACUUUCGAUUUUCCGUUCGUCUACAAAAGAGGCGAGCUGAAUGGCCUGGACUUCAUUUCUUCUUUCGGCAUCACUCCUUUCACAUCCGACAAUUCAUUCCAGGGGAACAGCGCCCUCAUUCAUAUCGACUGCUUCAAGUGGGUGGAGCGGGACUCCUACCUGCCCCAGGGGUCGCGAACUCUCAAGCUCGUCUGCAAAGAAAAACUCAGAUUCAAUCCGGUCGAAGUCGAUCCAGAAGACAUGGUGCCUCUUGCUCUGAACCGACCUCAAGAACUCGCUGUUUACUCGGUUUCGGAUGCUGUCGCGACGUUUUUCCUCUACGAGAAGUACAUCCAUAAUUUCAUUCUCGCGCUCUGCACCAUCAUCCCCAUGACUCCGGAGUAUGUACUGCGCCAAGGCAGUGGCACCUUGUGCGAGCAACUGUUGAUGGCCGAGGCUGCGGGGAGGAAUGUAUUGUUCCCAAACAAGCACCAGCACCGCUAUCUGCAGUACUGGCGAGACGAAAAGUCAAAGAAGAUGCAUCUCGUUCUCGAAGACUCCUACGUCGGAGGCCGAGUUGAGUCUCUCAAAUGCGGCAUAUUCCGCAAUGACUUGGAGGAGACGUUCACGCUGGACAGCGACGCGUACCAGUUCUUGAUCGACACUUUGGACGAGACUCUUCUCUUUUGGCUGGAUCAAGAAAACGGAUCUUCUUCCUCACCCUUGACUCCGGAGGACUUCCCAGACUGGCAGGUGCACAGAGAGGACAUCUUGGAGCGAUUGACGAGUUUGCGAGACUCUCGCGUCUUGCGUUGUCUCCCCGUCAUUUAUCAUCUUGACGUCUCUGCAAUGUACCCCAACAUCAUCCUCACGCAUCGUCUGCAGCCUCCUGCGAUGGUCGAUGAGGAAUACUGCAGUCAGUGUCCAUUUUCCAAAGAAGCGCCUCAGUGCCAGCGGCGAAUGACAUGGCGGAGGAAGCUGGAAGUGUCUCCGGCUGAGAAGGGACAUAUUCUCCCGCUUCAGCAGAAGCUCCAAAUGAAGCUGUUCGACGUCGCGUCGAGCGACCGGAGAGAGAAGCAGCAAAGUCCUAAGGAGGAGGCGCGCGAGGACGAAGACACAGAGAGCGAAGAAGAAUGGGAUGAAGAAGGCGCGAAGAAGAAGCGCGGCAGGGGCGGCUUCGCGCGCUCGGAAGAAACCGAGGCUGCGCGCGCCAGCAGAAAGACCUGGACCGAGUUGACGGAAAAGCAGAAACAUAUGGAACUCAUCAAAGUCGUCAAGGAUUUCUCCCUCAAGGCGUACAAGAAAACGAAAGUCCAAAAGGAAGUCGACCAAGAGGCUAUUGUCUGUCAACGCGAGAAUCCCUUCUACGUGGACACCGUGCGAGCGUUCCGCGACCGGCGAUACAUUUUCAAGAGGCGUCUGAAGGCUGCGGAGCGACUCAGGGAGAAACUGGAGAAAGAAGGAGGAAGCUUUCAAGAAAAAAAAGAUGCCGAUGAUGUCAUUCUCCUGAACGAUUCGCUUCAGCUGGCGCACAAAUGCAUCUUAAACUCCUUUUAUGGAUAUGUGAAGCGCGACGCAGCCCGGUGGUACUCGAUGCAGAUGGGUGCGGUGGUGACGAAGGCCGGGGCAGACAUCAUUCAAGGCGCAAAGAACAUGAUUGACGGCUUGGGCGUGACGAUGGAGCUCGACACAGACGGCAUUUGGUGCAUGCUGCCUCAAAAGUUUCCUCAGAAAUACAUGUUUCUUGACAAGACCGGCAAGGAGUUUCGAUUCGAGUUCCCGACGACGAUUUUGAAUCAGGACGUCCACCGGCGAUACACGAACGACCAGUACCUCGACUUCGACGAAGACAGUCGAACGUUCAAGCGACAAACGCGCAACGAAGUCUACUUCGAACUUGACGGCCCGUGGCGAGCCAUGUUUCUCCCAGCCAGCGAGAAGAGCGACGACCUCCUGAAGAAAAGAUAUGUGAUCUUUGCGCUGGACGGCACCAUUUCCGAGUUGAAAGGAUUCGAGGUGAAGCGCCGCGGCGAGUUGCAGAUCAUCAAGUUGUUUCAAACAGAAGUCUUCCCCAAGCUGAUCGAAGGCAAGACGAAGGAGGAGGCGUACGGCGCGGCCGCCGCCGUCGCCUAUCGCUACCGGGACCUGUUGACCAGUCAGGGCGUCUCUGUGCAGGACGACGAAGACCUGGAGGAGCUGAUUGUGACGAAAAAGGUUCUCGGGAAGCCGGUCGUGUCUCAGGGCCUCGGCAAGAGCAUGAGCAUCACAACGGGGAAGCGUCUCGCAGAGCUUCUCAGGAACGAAACGUAUCUCACAGACGCCCCGGUGAGUACGCAGUACAUCGUCGUCAACCGUCCUGUCGGAGUUGAGAAGACGGCUCGAGCUGUGCCUGUUCAGCUCUUCCACUCCAGUCCAGAAACGAAGGCCUUCUACUAUCACAAGUGGCUUGGCAUUUCCCCGUCCUCCGUCGCUUCCUUCUCUUCGUCGAGCGGCGAGAUCACGGGAGACGCCUCGGGGUCCGCGAGCACGCAUGCACUCGCGUCGAUCGACAUUCGACAGCUCAUCGACUGGAGCUACUACUCCGAGCGCUUGGACGUCCAGUUUCAGAAAAUCCUGUGCAUUCCUGCGAUGCGACAAGGCCUCCCAAAUCCGAUUCCAGAGGUCGCGGUCCCCGAGUGGCUGAAGAAGCAGCAGGCGACGAACAACCCCCUGCAGUCCAAGAUGGAGCAUUUCUUCAAAUGGAAGAAACAUGCAGCUCCCGCGACGACGGAGACUCAGAAGGAAGACAGACAGGAACGAGCGGAGUCCGGAGACUUGUUUGCAGACGGAGAGGCCGCGGUGGACGUGGAGAACAUCCCAGAGGUGAACUGCAUGCAGGGGAGCCGCCUCGAGACGAGGGCGUCACAACUCCCGGAAGAACAAAAAGGCCUCCAGGCUCGGCGAGAAGAACGCGAACGCCAAAUGGAGCAGAAACAAGAAGAAAAACGCAUGUGGAAACACGACAUCGUCGCAUGGGUCGCUGCACAAAAACAAAAAUGGAAACAACAACGCGAGCGCCUUCGCCAGUCUCGAGCGCGCGCCUUGAGCGCCGUCCAGCGUCUUCCGGCAGGCCUGACUCCCGCAAUUCUGACGAGAAAUCCAGGAGCUGCGAAACUGAUGAAACACUGGGGUCUUUCUCUCCACGACGUUGCUCUUCUCCUCACGCAGCCAUGGCACCUGCUGGACUUUUUUGUGGACUCAAGGGACCCAGGUCUCUUUUUUUGCCGGGUGGCGACGGACGCCUCGCGAGGUUUCUACACAGUCCCAGUCCAGGUGUACAGACAGGUGUUUCUGAACACGAAGCGGGAGAUCGGCGAACUUCUGCAAGACAGAAACAUUCUCUCUCCCGACGCAGACAUUUCCUUGAAGCCUCUCCGAGGCGUGUACGCGCUCCCGCGAGGCGUCCGUCAGCACGAGCUCGUGGAAAUGUCCAUGCCUGAGAGUCUCUUUCAAAGAGAAAAAAACAAAUUGCCUUCGCUGUUCUACAGCGAAACGGCAGCAAUCUACGAGACUGAAAUUCCCCUCGACUUCCAGUUCCUCUCGAAGGUUGGGAACACCAUGAUCAUCGGGUCGACGAACCUCGAUGACGCCCUUCGCGGCACAGACGGUUGCUUUCGCUCUUCUUUCCUUUCUCGCUUUUCGGCUUCCUCGCGGUCGUCCUUCUCCUCUUCUGCGCAAUCUUCCUCUGCGUACCUGCCGUCCGUCUCGCCUCUCUUCGUUCACAUCUUCCACCACCGGGUCCCGUCGGCUCCAGAUGCGUCCUCGGACAGGAUCUUCGCGGCGAUCUACGAACCGCGAGAGGCAACGGUUUUCUUCUUCGGAGGCGCCCUGCACGAAGGCAACGUCGCUCGCGUCGACGCCCAGGAGGUCAAAGAGCAGUUCCUCGCCUCCCUCUGGAGAGGCGUUCGCCGGAACCGCGCGCGCGGAGACAGAGGAGACACAGGAGACGGGGGGGCGACUCAGGCGGCGGACGCUGAAGGCGAGAUGGAGCGUCCAGAGGCAGAGGCUCGCACCUUGCUGGACGACGAGUUCUCGCAGAGGCUUUUGCAUGCAGAGAGUCAAGAGGAGGCGGACGAAGAGAUCGAGGGUAUCGAGGCGAUCGACGAGAGAGACCUGGAAGCCUUCUCGGCAGUCUUUCAGAGCGCGAAGCCUCCGGUUCUCCGCCUCUCGUCGUCGUCCCCACAACGCGCCGUUCAAGCUGUGUUGCGCGACGUCGAGACUCACGUUCGAGAGAGACAGAGAAGACGUUCUUCGCCUUCGUCCAAGGCAAUUGUCUAUCUGUGCUCGACUCUUCCUGUCGACGGCCUCGGAAGCUGGGCAUCGCCCGCUCACCGCCUCGCGCCCUCUGGAAGAGGCGCAGACACCGUCCCCGUCGUCGCCUGUCCGAACCUCGACCGCAGAUUGAGCCGAAUCAAACGAAGCCACUUUGCAGAGAACUGUUUGCGGGAGUCUCUGGGGCUCCUAUUCUGGCAGCACCGCGUCUUCGAAGAGUCCCUCUGGGUCUCUCGUCUCUUCUCCUUUCCGCUGGGGACGCUGCUGAGCUUGGCCUCCCCUCGCCGUUCGUCGCCUGCGUCUCCGCUGCUCCUCUCCUCGGCCUCUGCUUCUCCUGGACAGCCUGUCUGUGCGUCGCACAGCCGCCUUCUCUUCGACCUCCACUUUGCGCAACUGCUUCGAGAGCGAAAGGGCGUUCUGUGGGGAGGUCGGCCGGAUUUGUUGCAUGCAGUUCCCCAGGCUUCGCUGGACGCCUCUCCGAGCGCCGGCUCCGGAGACGCGCGAGCGAAAGACUUCGGCGCCGGUCUGAAGGUCGAGAGAGAUGUCGACCUAGGCAGUGCUCACCUCAGUGCUCUGAACCACGCAGACUACGACCUCGCCUCGAGCAUCGCGCCCAUUGUCGAGCCUGGAAUCUAUCGAAACGUCUGCUUUGAACUUCUGCUCAACGACUCGCUCAUCUUCAACAGCGUCCGACUCUGUGAAAAAAUCGAUCCAGAGUUCACCACGGCGUCUGACUGGCUGAACAGAGAGAGCCAUUCCUUGAACGUCGCUCGGAGAGAAACUUUGCUGAAGAAGGAAGAACCCGUGGACGGCCCUGGCGUUGCUGCUUCAGAAUCACGAAGGCAGGGCGGGCGGCAGGCGAAGCAGAGCGAAGAAGAAGAUGAGAAAGACUACGACGCCGACGGUCCCGAUGAGAGUCUCGCAGACUUCCACUCCACCACGCAGUUCCACCCCGCAGCGUUCCGCACGCUAGGGCGCAGCCUGGAAAAGCUGUACAGGGAUCUUUCCUCGUUGCGCGGUCGAGUCACGUACCCUUCGGUCGUUAGACACCUCGUCGCUCUCCCCAACUUCUUCUACUCCUGGGUCUGCAGUCCAGAGUCACUUCUCUUCGACCCUGCGCUCCAUCAAAAGGUCCUGCGAUACUGCACCGUCUACUUUUCGUUGUUUCUGUCCGAGUUGUCGGAGCGUCGCAACUUGUCGGUGGUCUUUGCGAAUCCGCGUCGGCUGCUGGUCGCAACUCCUCACGUCUUGCUCAGCGAGGGCGAGAAGCAUCUGAAGUCGAUUAUUUGCCAUCUGCACAGCAACACUCUGUUCGAUGCGCUACCCGUUACUGUCUCCUCUGCCUUCGUCGCGGUCGUUCAGCUCGACGCCUCCUCCUGGAUUGGAUACAAAGAAAUCUUCGACGGUCGAGAAGAAGCGCAGCCCCGCAGAGGAGGCGCGGGCAACGCUGGGCGGAAGGCGGCCUGGCGCGCAGAGAUCGACGAACUCUUCACACGGCCCUCCUCGCGACGGAGUUCGAACUCGAGCGACGCGCUGGGUGACGGCGACAGUGGCAGCGAGAGGUCCGACCGAGAGGCAGAAGAGCAGGUGAUGGAGAGUGACGACGAAGACGGAGAAUCUGCGGACGAAGCCGCGAGCAUCGUGGCGAGUCCCGCCGCCUUCGUCGAAGACCAUUUGGUUUUUCUGUGCUGCCUUCCGGGACCUUUGAGACGUUUUCUGUCGGCUCUGAUGGACCGCAUUGUGCUGGCGCCCCUGCAGAACUUUUUCAAGGACGUUUUCGAGGCCGAAGACGACAAAAAUCUGAAUCCCGACCCAGUGGACUCAAGUGAAAGCCACUGGCCGCAGGCACUCCUGGCCAUGUCCACGGAGGAGACGAAGCAGGCGAUUCGCCGAAGCGUUUCUGCCCUUUGGUUUGACCCUCAGGAUGUUUCGUUCACUGGCGAAGGCGACGGGGAGGAAGUCGAGGAAAGGGCGGGUUCGAAAUCCGGAGAAGACGAACGCACGAUUCAGCCACGGAAAACCAAGAAACUCCAACUCCUUAGACAGGCGUUGGAGAACGGCCAUGAACUCUCGCUCUUCUCCCAUGUUCUCCUCUGCUUGGAGGACCCCAGGUUUCUCCUUCGUCACUACGGAGACACUCCCGACGCAGCGGACGGAGACCUCGCUUUCAAGCAACUGGACUUUCCCGACCGUCUAGGUAGCCGCCUCCGCCACACAGGAGGCAACUGGCGUCUCGAAGCUGUCAAGAUUCUCGUGCGUCUCCUCGCCGUGGAUCGCGCAAUCGACUUCACGGUCGACAGCUGGGCUGAAGCCUUUGAUGAGAGACGCCAUGAGUUGUUUGCCUUGACUGGCGAGAGUGAAUUCUUGCACAUCUCCUGGCGAAGUCCGCUCAAGUCUCUUUCUCUCCGGGAUGUCGAGUGUGGCGCCUGCCGGACUGUCGACGACGUCGACCUUCUUCUCUGCAUCCGGGAAGAACAAGAAGCUCUUGAAAAUGGCGAACUCGUCGACUUCAAGACCUGCAACUGUCCCAGAUGUGGAGAAGCCUUUCCAGAUGCGCUCAUCGAGGCGCAUCUCUACCGGGCCGUCGGUGAGAAAUACUACGCCUACGCGGCACAAGAUCAUCCCUGCUCAUCGUGCAACGCUGUGAAUGCCCUGUACCGUAGAAGCAAGUGCCGCUGCGGGAAGCCUCUGAGGGCAAGACUGAAGGAAGAGGACUGGGAAGAGUUCAUCGAAAGCGUACAGGAGUUCGCUGUCGAAAUGGGAUACGACAAGCUCCAAUAUCGUCUGGCUGCUCUUCAGCAAGCAUGUCUGCUUCUCGGCGAUGGGACAUCUGCAUAGACUCCCAGCUUUGGUUGAGUUAUCCGUUGUGUGUUUUCUGCCCUCUCCACUUUUCCCGUCCGCAAAUCGGUCUUUCUCUCCCUCCGUCUCGUGCGUUUGUAUUUCGUUACGGCUUUUCCUCGCAGUUCUUUGCAUCUCGCUGUGGGUGUUUUGACCAGGUUUUUCCACGCCGUUUUCCGCCUUUCCACGAGGGUUGUCUUGUCAACCAUUUGGGCUGUGCCUUUGUUUCCCUUUUUUUCACUCUGUGUGUCUGAGUGUGCGUGUCUCUUGCGUGAAGGGUACGAAGACGCACAAGAUGACUGGUGUAUGUUUGUAGACGCUGAUCUCCAGACGUCUGAGCGUAGGUGUAUGUCUGUAGAGAUGUAAACGUGAGAUGUAUACAUUUCUGCAUAUCUGUAGAGUGCCACAAAUGCAGCCGGUGGCAAGGAACGGAGGCCAAGGUCUAUGUUCGGCGCAAGUCGCCUCCGUGUGAAGUCUCAGCUUUUGAGACAAAACGGUUCGACGCCUCCUUCCCCAGCAAAGUGGUGUCGGGCCUCGAGUCCCUC